CUUUUUCUCUAGUUUUUCUACUUGGCCUCACUUCUCCGUCAGUAUUUUUUUUUUCUCUAUAUUUAACCACUUGCCUCUUUAUCUUCUCACCUCGGACUUGCUUUCUCUUUUCCCUUGCAAAAUUUACCGAGAACAAGACAGGAACGGUGUAGCGUUGAAUAGAUAUCUAUACGUGUGUGUAUAUAGUCUCCUUCGCUGACGCCGGAGAUUUUUAACAGAUUUUCAUUAUGGUCCGAAAAAUUUGCGUGCUAGGAGCUGGAAUUAUUGGUCUCUACUCAGCCGUUCGAAUUCUUGAAGACUUACAAAAUGUUGAUGUUACAGUUAUUGCCGAAAAGUUUUCUCCGAACAACACAUCUGACGUGGCUGCUGGCUUCUGGAUCCCCCAUAAAAUGGGCUCCACAAAUAUAUCCUUAAUCAAACGGUGGGGCGAUGAAACAUUCCAGUAUCUGCUCAACCUUCACGAAUCGCCAAUGGCCUCCGAGCUUGGCAUCCAACUUGUCUCCGGUUAUCAUCUCAAUAGCAGACAGGUCAAUCCUUUCUGGAAAGACACGGUCUUCAAUUUACGGGAUCUGACUCCAGAAGAGAAUAAAUUAUUUCCAAAUUACACGAAUAAUAGAUUUUUCACGAGUAUUAUAGUUUGUGGUACUCUCUACCUGAAAUGGUUAAUGGGAAGAUUCAUUUCUCUCGGGGGAAAAGUCAAAAGCAAGAAACUAGAAUCUUUGUCAGAGGUGAUGGCUGACUUUGAUAUCGUAGUUAACUGCUGUGGUCUGGGGAAUUACCAUUUGAUUAAUGAUCGACAGAUGACUCCGAUUCGAGGUCAAGUCAUUAGGGUAAAUGCACCAUGGAUAAAACACUUCUACGUCGCUUCUGGGGUAGAUAAACCAGUAUAUAUUUUUCCUUCGAAGAACUAUGUUGUUUUGGGAGGAACGUCACAAGAAGGCAACUGGGACACUACUCCGAAUGAAGAAGACCAAAGACACAUAUUGGACAGCUGUGCUCAAGUUGUGCCAAGUUUGAAGAAUGUGGAAAUUUUGGAGACAAGAGUUGGACUGAGACCAUUUAGGAAAGAAACCCGUCUGGACCAGGAAACUGUCACAUUUAAUGGUCGGACUAUACAGGUCAUUAACAACUAUGGUCAUGGUGGCUGUGGUCUGACAACUUUCGUCGGUUGUGCAAAAGAUGUUGUGGCUAUGAUCAGAGGAGCUGGUGUGGCACCACGGUAUGGUGCUAAACUUUAAUGGUGUGAGACAUGGCUGGAUUGUAUUGAAACAGCAUUGGCAAUACACACACACAAACACACAACAUAUAAAGCACAUGUAGAUAUACACAUACGUAGACAAACACAUAUAUACACAGACACACACCAGCAUGCACACACACACACACACACACAUAUAGAUAAGAACAGAUAUUCACACACACACACACUAAUGACUAGAUAUAAACAUAUACUCACAGGUAUUUAAUUACCUUAACACAAUUUCCAAACAAUUAAUUUCAUCUUUAA